AUGGAUUCCGGUAAUACGCAGACAGAAGGUUCUCAGCCACUUCCUAAGAACCCUGCCAUGACGUCAUGCCGGAAGAAGAAAACUGAUGAUGAUGUUACCUUCCUUGAAGAUGUGAAAGAACACAUCGAUGAGUUCAUCCACGCGUCCAUGGAUGAACACAAGACCUGCUUCAAGAAGACCAUUCAGAAGAUGUUUGGCAUGUCGAAGGUUGUCGCAGAGCGGUCCGCUGCAGCAAAGGAAGCUGAAGUCGAAAGUGCUUUGCCCCUUCAGACCAGUGUGUCCCAGUAG